AGAAAAUUUAGAAAAUGUAAUGAAUAAAAGUGUCUAAAGCAAAAUUACUGAUGGGACCUAUACAUGUUGCUUGUCUCACCCAAAGUUAAAAAAAAAAAAAAGUGAACUCAAUUCCAUAAGUAAUGAAGUAGAAGAAAAACUUAAGCCACGCUUCUUCCACUACCCUUUAUACACACAACACACGCCUUGUACAAUUCCUUUCAUCUAAAAAAAAAAAAUUCUCAGAUCUCUCAUACAGAAUAAGAAAAGAAAUAAAGGUGAGAUAAUGCUAAAGAGGCAAGAUACAUUAGCGGCAUCAGGUCGCCGGCAAAGGACACCGCGGAGUGGAGAAAAUCAGCAUGUUGUGAAGUCUACUGGUUGCAUGUCAGGCAUUAUUCAACUAAUUUCCAAAUACCAAAAAAAGACGAAACGCAUUACUUCUGGAAUCAGAAAACAAGGUAAAGUAGUAGUUGUACUUGGGGAAAAUGAAAAAAAUGAUGAAGUAAAGGUAAGAAGCACAAAAAUCGAAGCAGAUAAAAAGGAGCGGCCAGUAGCGUUAGUGGCGCGGCUGAUGGGGUUGGAGGAGAUAAAGUGCCUUCCGAGUCCUAAUAGGAAGGCGAGUGCAGAAGAGGUAAAGAGAAGGAAGCUUCUAGAAGACUUGGGCAAGUGCAAUGACGAUUUAGAGUCUGUUCGCCAGAUUCUAAACUCACUAAAAAGGGAUAAGCAAAUUGGCGAUGCAGUCAAGCCGCCGACUCCAUUAACAUACUGCAACAAAAUCGCUAAACCUAAACACAAUCAUAAUGGUCAUAUUACACAACAAAGGAUCAAGAGGCUAGAAUCAUACGAACCAAUUGAUAAAUUUACAAAUAAUGCACCAUUAUUAUAUCACAUGAAGCCAAAGUCAUGCAGCAAAGGCAUGAUUCAAAGUGUGGAGGAAGUGUGGAAUGAGAAUGAAUGGGGAGAAAAGAGAGAAGCAGGGAAAAUAGGACUAAUAUUACAAGAUCAAAUUUACAGGGACUUAAUUGAAGAGCUUCUCAAAGAAAUGAAUCUACUAAUUUCCUUUCGUUCUUUACCCUUCUUAGCAUGUAAGAAAAGGCUUUUCUUUUAAAUAUCUCAUAUUAUUUCUGGGUUUUUUUUGUCCUUUUAUAUAUAUAGAUUGAGAUAGGUGAUCUUUGUUGCUACUAUACUUACAGUAAGAGACUGAGAAAAAAGAUUUGGCUUAUUAUUAUUUUGGUUUGCACCAUUUAUUUUCUAUAUGAUAUACAAUAUCAUUAGUUGUCUACUA